AGGCUUUUGAAGCAUCUUUAUAACUGAACAAUGCUCUACACUGAAUCAACGUUAGGUAAGCUUCUAGACCUCAGUAAACGCAGCUGUUUCUGGUUACUGUGAAUCUAUAAAUGUCCAUUCUUCUAUAUUCUUUUUCUUGCUACAAUUUAUGUGAAUUUUUGGACACAAAAUGUUUAAAAACCAGUUAAUGCAGGCCUAGUAUGUAUCAUUCAAAUUCCCCACUCGCCGAGACAAACAAUUCCCUUUCGUGGCCAAAAUGUCCCUACCCCCGAGAAAGUUGAAAAAGGACCACCUUUCUCUUUUUUUAUUCAAAAUGCACCUAUCGAUGUAAAGCUGGCAGGGAGGAGGCAGGGCAUGGGGCAUGGGGAGGGGAUUCUGCUGCUCUUGACAGGGGCACCCAAUGAAUCAAUGUUUCUAAACACAUCAGAAGUGUACCAAAUGGUUUCCUAUAAGCGUUAGAAGCCUGUUUGAUGUAAUUUGGAGCUGCCAAAAAAACUAUAAACCUGUUAGGAUGCCUUAGGGGACUUUGGUCGUCUACAUUAAAUUUUUAAAACCUCGCCGCCAUAUGUUAUAUGUAUUUACAUUCGGCAGAGGGAGGUAUCCUUGUCCAAAAGGGGCAAUAAUUAUAUCAAGAUUUAUUUAUAUACAUCAAGAUUUACAUAUAUACAUCAAGACUUAUUUAUAUACAUCAAGAUUUACUUAUAUAUACAUCAAAAUUUACUUAUAUGCAUCAAGAUGUAUUUAUAUACAUCAAAAUUUAUAUAUAUAUAUCAAGAUUUAGUAAAGUCCAACUAGUGGUCUAUUAUCAAUGCUGCAUUCUGACUGGUUGAGCUGCUACUAGGCUAUAUGUUAUAGUCCACUAGUAGUGAAAAGCGCAGGCUUUUUGCCGGCAAAAAAGGAUUAAAGUCUAGCUUUAACUACAGUCUCAGACAAAAAUAGUUGGAACGCUUAGACCUAAUGCUGUUUUUUUCCUUCUCGUGCUCCCUUUGUCCCUCUCAAAGUUGUUUAUCGCGGUUCAGUCACCAAACCUUGUACACCAACAUUGAGGGAACAAGGAGACAAAAAAGUGUCCCAACAAUUUUGACCGAGACUGGGUUUUAGCAGAAUUUUAGGUAUGUGACUCCUCGUUGGCUCUAGUGGCAGGAAAUCGCCAGGCAGAUAUAUCAGUACAUGUUUCGGAGCCAUUUUUGCGGGAGAAAAUGAGAGAUUUCAAGGAGAGAAAGAGAGAAGACAUUCAAAAGAGGAAAGAAGAGUUUGUUUCUUUAAUUACAACAUUCCAAGGUUUUAAAAAAGCUUUGAAUUUAAUGGGUUUUAACAGUGAACAAUGGAUGAGUCAAAACUGUGUGCAUCAUUUCGCAGGGAAUGUAUCUUGCCCCUAAUAGAUCGUAUCAGUGGUGACACAAUUGGAUGGGUCACCAUAACAAGUUACCGUACUAUGCAGCACGUUUUCUAAGACCUCUCUGGUAUAUAUAAUUGAAUAAGAAAUAAAAGCAUAAGGUUCUUUCACAACUAAUUGAAAUUGUCAAUGUUUAUAGAGUCUUGAUAUAUGUAGACAAUUUAUGAAGACUUUGAUCAUGGUGACCCGAUUGUUCGCUGAAAGAAACUUACAAUUAUCUUGACUGAAUUAAUCAGUAUGGUGACCUGUGUACACGUCGAGUAUAACACUUUUUUUGAGGUUUUAAGGAUAUGUAUUGUCCUCGUUUGAUAUGAUUCAUGUUUUGUACCUUAAUUCCCAUAUUUUUGGCACAGGUGUUUGUUUUAUAGCUAUUCAGGAAGGUGUAUAUUUGGGGUAAAGAAUAAGAACCGAUGUCACCAUUUGGCGCAAGGCCAAAUUAACAUACGUUGUAAACAACUUAUAAAAAAUUGUCGAUUUUACAGCAGUAGUCUGGAAUAUCAUGAAGAAACUUUUGGACGUUUUUUACCAAACCAGGGGGGGCUGGCAGCGAGGUCUGGAACCGAGUUUACAUGAUCGCCCCAGUGAAGAAAUUGGCCGAGUGAGACUGAGUACCAAUUUUCCUUCAAAACAAACAUGGCGGUGAAUGCAGACAUGAAAGGACGAUGAGUUUUUGCUCAGUUUAAGUUGUCCAAACAUUAAGGAAAGGUUUUCAUGAACUUUGUUAAUGGAACUUUUGGACAUCAGCAGGCAUGAUGUAUGAACAGUUCAUGGGUGACUUCACUUUUCGUGAUUCGGCAUCUCGGCAAGUUCAGUUAUUUAUAAGCUCCGUGAAUUUUACGAGCGACCACUUUGCUCCAUCUCUUAUGUUCUUCUGUUAACUGCAGUAUUAAGACUCUCUAUCCUAAACACAUGCUACGAGUACACUGCUUUAGUGUGAGUCUUGCAACAGUAAUAAUGUGAAUGUUCAUUAAACCAAUUUUCUAGUUCGCUGUUCGCAAGUUUGUUUGAACGCUGGGAGCCACAACAAAUAUUUAUGGGCUUAAAUACAGAAUACAGGGCCAAUUUAGUAAAAGCCAGGGUAAAUGUUCCAAUCACUUUGCUUCACAUAUACUAGGUCUGUCAGUAUAAGCUAUUUUUAAUAUCAGAAGGCUGGAAGGGGUUAACUGAAACUUCACUGGAACUUCAUUGGAGUGAUAAUAAAUUAAUAUUUCCAACAGCAGUACCAUACCUAGUGGUUUUGUAUUAGAUAGUGACUUCGGUUUCAAGGUUUCGGUUUCAGUUUCCUUGAAAAUUGUUUGUACAAAAAUUAUUCUUAGUUCUGAAUUAUACUGAAAUGAUUAUAACGGUUUAGUGUGGAGGCAAGAGGCUAAUCCAGUCGCUAAUAAGAUUGAGUACAUCAGAGAGGAGUACGCGUUGAGAAACUCCCUCAAAAGACUGAAGUACAAGAAACAGAAAAAGAAAAUUGAAUGUUUUGCAAAGUUUAUAAGAGAAUCAAAAGGGGCUUGAAAAAUGUACAACUUCAAUUGUUGGUGUAAGUUAUGAAUCUGAUUUACAACUAAAAUAAACAAGGUAAAAUUGACUUUUUUAUCAACCAUCAAAAGAAGUUAUUGUCUCUUGAGCCCAAUCCCCUCAGCAGUUCUUUCUACGAUACUACCCUUGGCUUAUUUGGCCUAGAUAGGUAUCUGCGGCUGAUUUAGGGUGGUGAGCAUUUCACCCUUUAGGCUUUUGAACAGGGUGUCUGUUUGGGCUGCAAAGGUUGAUGAAGAGCAGUCUAUAGUUACAUUUUUGAACCACCAUUUUUUUCCCCAAGUUUUUUCCAUGGUUCUAAGUUUAAAAGCUAACUGAAUUAUGUAUGCUAAAUGAAAUGAAUCAGAUUAUAAAGUGUCCCAACAAUUUUGACUGAGACUGUAGCUAAAAUUUUUUUAUUCUCGAUAUUUUUGACCGACUAGUUGGAUUUUACUAAAACAAUUAUUCCUCUCUCCCUCAUGGGCUCUGAGUCAAUAGCUAUUGACUCAGAGCCCAUUUGGGCUCGAGGAAUAAUUGUUAAUUAUUUAUCUAUGUGAAGAUUUAUUAUAUACAUCAAGUUUCAUAUAUCAGUGUCAAGAUUAGUUUACAUCAAGACCCAUAUACAUCGAGAUUGUGAUAGGCUUACAUGAAGUACCAAGUCAAAUUGGUUUGCCUGGUUAAUGCUUUGCUUCAAGAGCCUCACAAAAUGGCGCAUGUUAAACCAAAUCUUAAACAAUUUCUUGGAGCAUCUCUAAGAGAACCCUAUACGAAGCAAUUGAAGGAUUUAACAGGCACUAUGAGCCUAUAAUCGAGCAAGAUCCCUCCGUGACAGUAGCCUCCGACUGUGAGCGUGCCCUUCCAAAUCACAGUCUUCAACAGUCCGGAAUAUCCCUAAAUUUAAGGACAGGGCUAACUGGUCACGCGACACUUUUCAACCAAUGAGAGGGCCCGCUUGUGUUUAUCAACAAACAAAUCAAAACAUCGCCCCAGUGAUCAAAAAUUUUCAAAACAACGGACGGAGUUGGACAGAAUUAAAGAUGAGCUCACAAUACUCGUCUAGGUUUCACAUUUAAUAUUUCAAAGAAAACAUUUCAUGUAAGAGAAUAAGAGCAUUAAUCAUUGCAAGGAACGAAUCAUUGGGGUGUUCCAACUGAUUCCGGACCGAUCGCGGAGGUCGUGGCUUUACUGGCAUGACUUGCAAGAUUUUUGAUAGAAGCAAACUAGUCACGUGAAAAAUAGCCUCAGAGAGAGCGUGAAAAUUUGUUGAGAUCGUGCAAAACAGGAUUGGUACUACCUAUAUAACUUCUACAGGACAAGAAUCAAAGAAUCAGUCAUCAUAACAAGAAUAGAAAGUAGUUCAAAUUUAUUAAUUUUUCUUGUUUGUGUUUUUUUUGUUGUUUCGUGUUGACUUCACGCAUCUGGUGCUUUCUUUGCUUGCUGUAGUACCUGCAAUGUUUUAAUUUUAUCCCAGAUAAUCAGUGCAUGUUCAAUGAGUAGCGAAAUACAUCAUUUACAAUUGAGAUUUGCCUUGUUUCUUUUAUUGUUUUUUAACGUUGGAUGAACAUUUGGAGAAUGCAACAACAUUAAAUCUUUCCAGAUUGGUGAAUUUCAGAAACAAAGCGGUUAGUAUCUACGUUGCGUUUAUGAUCUUCAAAUUUCAUCCCCGCAAAUUCGGCAAAGUGAGGCGAAAUGUUGGACGUUAAUAUCCAUAAGACUAUUAAAGUUGUUUUGGCCUUGAAAAGAAAAAAGGCAAAGGCUCGUACUGAUGCGAAAAAAAGUAAUAACACGGCUCUGUGAGAAACCCGGGAGUGGAAAACGUACGUGUUUUGGACCUCGGAAUUCAAAAAUUCUCUACCAGAAUUCUAGGUUGUCUACCAUCCCCACAUUCAACAUGAUAAAAGUUAAUCGAUAGGACAAUCGAGGAAAAAUAUCUAGAACUUCAUAAAAAAUCUGUGAAUCGAAAAAAUAAUAGACACUUGUUCACCUACCUUGAAAACCGACCAAACUCUCGCCUAGGCAUCGCGUUGUUUAAAGGAUAAAAGAAGAAAUAAGCCACAAAAUAUGCUGAAUAUUUCACGAGACACUUCCAAUACGCUGUCCACUUAAAAAAAUUGUGUAUGCCUCAUGAAAAGUGUUUAAAAUAUGCCUGAGAGCCUCGAAACGAUGACUGAUUCUGUCUGCCUCCGUCCGUUGUUUUGAAAAUUUUUUAUCACUGGGGCGAUGUUUUGAUUUGUUUGUUGAUAAACACAAGCGCGCCCUCUCAUUGGUUGAAAAGUGUCGCGUGACCAGUUGGCCCUGUCCUUAAAUUUAGGGAUAUUCCGGACUGUUCAAUUUGGACCGAUUUCAAAUUCAUUACAUCAUCAAAUCAUAUAAUUUCUGUGAUAUAAACUCACUUAAAGGCUCUUUGCACUGCCAUUCGACAAGAUCCUUGUCAACAAUGUACUGUGGCUGGCUUCAGUUCCUGACCCAUGUAUUCCACUGGACGGCCAAGCUUAAAGAGUGGUUCACACACAUGUCCAAUAUAAUCUAAGUCCCCUUAAUGAGAUGCAUAUUUACCAAUAGAACCACUGGAAUGACAUCAUUUUCUGUUGGUACCAAUCGAACCAUUGGUACCAAUGGACUAUCUGAAUUGCCCUGUACCCAGCCAGGCCACAUGGGAAAAUAAUCUAAGCCCCCUUAAUGAGAUGCAUACUAACCAAUGGAAGUAUUGGAAUGACGUGAUUUUCUGUUGGUACCAGUCCUACCAUUGGUACCAAUGGACACCCUUCUUAUCACCACUAAUGCUGAUGGAGUCUAUUUGUGAGUCUUGGACAACCCUCCUUUCAUCAUUGUACUUGGAUAAAUUGCCGAUAACAUACAUAAGGACCUUUAAGUUUGUUGAUGUAUUAAAGAAACGGAUCUGAAAUCCACGAGGGAUCAAGGCAGCACUAUUAAAAACAUGGAAUCUGGAAUCUGGAAUCAUGAAAAAUAUACUUUACACUCUAUAAUUUUUUCAAGUCAAUCACUUGGAACCCUCUUUUACGAAUUCUGUAUUCCGUUUCUGUGAUUUUGUUUCAUAUUUCAGAUUCCACGUGUUUGCUAUGUUGAUACCGAGAGUUAUUUGGAAGGCAUGAAGACAGUCAAGUAGGGUUCUCGCUUGAUUGGGCUUACAGCACCUGUUAAAUCAAUCAAUUGCUUUGUGUAGCAUUCUCUUAGAAAUGCUUUGAAAAAUUGCUCGAGAUUUGGUAUAACUUGCACCAUUUUGCGAGGCCCUCGGAGCAAAGUAUUAACCAGGCAAACCAAUGUGACUUGGUACUUCAUGUAAGCCUAUCACAAUGUAAAUGUAUAUGGAUCUUGAUGUAAACUAAUCAUAACACUAAUAUAAUGAAAUUUCAUGUAUAUAGAUAAAUCUCAAUAUAGAUAAAGAAAUCUUGAUGUAUAGAAAGAAAUCUCGAUGUGUAUGAAUAUAUCUUGAUGUCUAUAGGUAAAUCUUGAUUUAUAUAAAUAAAUCUUGAUGUAUAUAAAUAAAUCUUGAUAUGUUGUCCCUUUUACACAACCAUAUGUGUGGAGUUAACUGUACAUAAGGAAAGUGUUGUUGUAGAGGAAAUAAAGGCAGUUGAAUUCAUGAGAUCUCGUAGUGCGCAAUUAAUUUAUGAUGAAAAUUAUAAUCCAAUUGGAUUACAGCCACGGGGUCAUGCACCUAGCAGACUUCCGGUGAAGAAGUUAAGACAUCUGUAACAUAAAAGGAGAAAAGUAGAGUCCAUGAGGGUGAGAGGGAUAGGUGUUUUAGUAAAAUCCAUCUAGUUGGUCAAAAAUAGCGAGACAAAACAACUUUAGCUGGCAAAACGCGAUUCAGCUACCAUUGUUUUGGGUUUCAAAGCCGGCACUUUUUGCUACUAGUGGGCUAUAACAUAUAGCCUGGUAGUAGCUCAACCAAUCAGAACGCAGCAAUGAUAAUACACCACUAGUUGGAUUUUACUAAUAAAAUGUAGUCGAUGAUGGCUUUAUGUUCACUACUUGACCUGGUUCGGAUGCCGAUAUUUCCCUGAGCCGAAACCUAAUACAUUGAAUUAAGUACAUGAAAAGUUCGGCGAACGUAUUUUGCAAUCAGUUCAGACCAAAAUGAGCAUUUUUCUCCUUUUGAAUUUAGUUGGGCUGGAAUUAAGAUCGGCGUCUGAAUCAAUUCGUAUGGUCUAAAUAAUUUGGGUCGGCCUUAAUUCGAAUUAUGUUUGGCUCAUGAAAAGUUCAGCGUCUGAACCGGGCAUACUAUAGUGGUGGCCAACAGUUUCAAGUGUGUAGUAUUCUUUUAAAAAAGGGGCCUGUGGCCUGGGGACCCCUGUUUAUCCUAUGACUGACUCACAAUGUAGAUCCCUUCCAAUCAAGUUUCAAUUUUUGCUGUUCAUUUCACUUGAUAUCAAGUACCUGUUGUUCAAAAACUACACAUCUCAACCUGUAGCGAGACCGCCCUUUUAUGUUUUUUAUUCGAGCCACGAAAAGGUGUAGCUACUUACAAGACAAUACCUUCAUUUCCUAGUUAUUUCAAGACCCCAAUAUUGGCCCAGGUCUUGGAGAUCGAACCCGUGAGCUCCCUAAGGGCCUUUUCACACAUGAGCCUGGUUUCCGAGAUCUCGCGGUCACCACCUCUAAAUCCUGUGUAAAAUUUUCGAUGUGCUCAUAUGAAGGGACAGGCUGGCUUGAUUCCCGAGAUCUUGUUUUUUCCAAUCGGGAUCUUGGUAAGUGGGUGGAAAGUUGCACCAUAUGAACACUCUACUGAGCCCAGUUACCAGGAUAAGAUCUAGAGUGGGAUAAAUUCUUCUGUAAUAGGGCUGCCCGGAUGGCAUCAUCUUGCUUUACCUGCUGUAUUUUUCACAUCAUAAGUACCCCAUUUGACUUCAGUUGCCAAAGCUAUAAUAUAAUAAUAAUUUUUGUGUUUCACCAUUAGUUUGGUUUGUUUCUCGGAUUUUGUGCCAGAACUCGUCCCUAGAAUCUACGGCCUUUUCUCAUUUCAAAAGCAGGCUGGAAUUUCUCAUAUGAACUCAAGGUGAAAUCGGUCCCGAUAGCCGGGACAGUCCAGUCAACCAGGGUCGAUCAUGUGAAGAGGCACUUAGUUGAAUUUCUAUCCUACGCCAACCCUGUAAAGUGAUUUGUACAAAUGUUGCAGGCAAAAUCCGUGCUCAUCUUGUAAACCGCGAGAAUUUCUUUUGUCUCCUAUGAACAAUUAGGGCUAGGAAACAAAGGAAAUUUGAACCAAACUAGGUUAAAUCUGAUUUAAAAUAGCCUGUGUUGCGGUCGGCCCGCGUAUCGUGUUAAGGUUUAACCGGGAGUGUCUGCGAGACAGGCUAAUUGUACCCACUACAUAAAACCAUGGCACGCUUAACAAGGCAAGUAGUUCCAUCUGGGUUCUGCCCACCCACCCACACCCUAGUUUGUCAGAGUUUUCAAAACGCUACGGCAUAACCAGGCCCCCAAAGGGUACCAAGUUAUUAGCAAACGUAAAUAUACCGAUUCUGUGUUAGCAAUAAGCCUUCUUAGAAUAAUCGAGCCCUUCCAGCCAGAAAAAAACGUGUUUAACCAACGUGUUUGACUUGAGGGUAUAUCUAUAUUCGUGUCCCAGUGGCUACUAAAGUAACUGUAUAUUUUUACAUUUUAGAUGUUUGAAAAUGUUGCUAUUUGGCUAUGGCAUCUUCUUUAUGCAAAACUGAAUCACGUGAUGAUAGAGUAGAUAAAACCCACCGAGUGAGAGUGACUAUUUUGGCUUCUGAAUGGGGGUCAAGCAAAGGAGGGCUUUCCACCAUCAACAGGGAGUUAGCCAUUCAGUUAGCCAAAUGUCCUGAAGUGGAGGUCUCUUUCUUUUUACCACAAUGCAGUCAAGACGACAAGAAGUUAGCCCUGACGUAUAAUGUAAAGAUCGUUGAGGCAGCACCACUGACUGGCUUUGAGCAACUGGACUGGCUUUGCUUUCCGCCUGAAGAUUUGCAAAUCGACAUUAUCAUAGGUCAUGGAGCUAAACUCGGUAAACAGGCACAAAUCAUUAAAAGAUCUAAACGGUGCAAAUGGGUUCAAGUGGUGCACACAGAUCCAGAGGAACUUGGAAUGUUUAAAAACUAUUCAGACGCAAUUUCAAAGGGCGUAGGAAAACACAAGACAGAAAUAAAACUGUGUGAAAUGGCGGAUCAUGUUGUUGGGGUUGGCCCCAAGUUGAGCGAGGCCUUUCGCUCCUAUCUUCGCAGCUCCCAAAAAGAUGACAAUGUUGUUGACUUCACUCCGGGAGUAUUUGAAGAGUUUGCGGCUGUGAAGCAGGCCCCUAGCGAAAGGCAACAACGCAGUGUCUUGGUGUUUGGUCGUGGAGACGUAGAGGAUUUCAAACUGAAAGGAUUUGACAUCGCUGCGAAAGCGGUUGCUGAAUUAGAAGAUACCCGUCUUGUGUUUGUUGGAGCUCCAGAUGGGAAACACGAAGAAAUAGCAAACUGGUUGACCGAAUGUGGUGUUCCUGCAAGUCGCUUGAGAGUAAGGGAAUUUCUUCCAGACCGAGAGAGUUUGAAACGCUUGUUUCAAGAAGUAGAUCUUGUAGUCAUGCCUUCAAGAACAGAAGGCUUUGGGUUAACAGGACUUGAGGCCCUGUCAGCUGGUCUUCCUGUGCUUGUUAGCCGCAACUCUGGUUUUGGAGAAGCCCUGUGCAGUCUAUCCUCUGGUUCAAUGUCUGUGAUUAACACAGAGGACCCCGCAGAGUGGACCUUAGCCAUUAAGAACGUCUGGGCUAAGGACAGGAAAAACCGACUUGAGGAAGCGGAAACCUUGCGUUAUUCUUACGACAGGAAAUACAACUGGGCCAAGCAGAUAAACGAUCUUAUUGAGAAGAUGAUCAGCUGGAUCCAAGGUAGGAAUGUCUAUUUUCUUUUAUAUUUCUUUUUUUGUUUGUUCGUUUUUUUGCUUUGAUUUUUUGUAACAAGUAUACUCUCUUCGUGAUUAAAAUUAAAUUAAAGAAACUAAUAGAAAAUUAUCGAAAAACAAACAAUCAAACAAGCAAAACAAAAGAAAAACAAAAUCUGAAAAUAAAAUAAAUUAAAACUAAACUAAACAGACACACUUUUAUUUUGAAAUCGCAAUAGAAAUGUUGGUAACUAUUCAGCCUUUUCCAAGCUUCAGGAUAGCAAUACGUGGAAGACUGUUUCCCUUUAGCUAUUGUUGUAAGAUUUUUAAUUCAUAACCAUCUGUCAUAUGCUUCAUCCACAGCUCACUUAUAUAAUUAUCUUUUGUGUCCAUAUUUACCGUAAAAGCCCGGUUCCAUCUGUUUUAACUUUAACAGACGAUUCUUCAAAUGUCACAAGCCCCUCAGAAACAACAGGCAGAAUGUUUUCAUCUGCCUGCAAAACUUCUCAGCGGACGGAAGGUAUGGACGAGCACCGCGCAGGUAAUUUUUCCUAUCCUGGAAAACUUCUAUUAUAAUCAGUACAAUAAUAUUGCCUACGAAGGGGUGUUCUGUGCUCAAAAAAGCGUUAUCAUACUUUAACAAUUGUUCAAAACUUUAAUUUCAAUUUAAGACAUUGAUAAUUGGCAGCACGUUGCGCUCUCUUGUUUUUUUCUGCGUUCUUAACUUUUCACUGAGAUUUGCCGUAGAUUGGCUUUGGCUUUCUCGCUUUCUAUAGGUAUAACCACCUCAGUGAGAGAGACAAUUGUUGGCUUCACACUAGAGCUUGCAAGCACAAUGUAAGUGUACCUGGAACCUACUUGAGUGUGAAGAGGUAAUAAUGUGCCAACUUCAACUUUCCUUGGUGAUCAUGGAAACGAUUGUAGUUCAAAGAAGCUAAAGUUCGCCGCCAAGUAUCGGGUCUACACUAUGAACGGACAGAUAAACAUUCAACACGUCUUAGCUAAGAGCAUUGCAGAAGAGUCCAAGCCCAAAGCUCUUCGGCGAUUUCUUUGCCAAAGAGCGCGUUGUUGAGCCGUUCUAAAGAAAUACAGAGGAAGACUUCGCUUGUGUUUUUUUUUUCUAUGACACUGCUAAGUACUUAAAAAAAGCGAAGUACGUAAGCAUUUCUGUUAGGGUCAAAACCCUUUGAGUUCAAAGUACUCAAAAAAUAUACAACUGUUUCGAGAAAGGUUGUCAGAAAAAUUGCACGUGACAGUCCCCAAAAGUAUUGUGGGUGGUUUUGAUUUCAGUGUUCUGAAGGUGGCUUGACCCAGUAUUUUUGUAGGUAGACCUUCCAUCUUUGAAUCUCUUUGACUUAAACAAAUUUAUCUUUUUUGUAAAACUAUUGUAAACACAUGUAUUACACAUAGACUUAACUUUAUCAUGACAUUAUUUUGGAGUCGAUCGAAAUAUAUAUAUCACUGACAACGACGUCACAAUAGUUUUAGCUCUAAAUCGAAUUGCACCCCUUAUCGGCAUUUUCUUUAGAAAUGCUUGAUGUUUCCUAUACUUUGGGUGCUUGUCUUCUGUUGUGCGUAGUUUCACAAAAAUCUACAAGAAGGUAAACUGAAGACUGGAGUCAAUGCAGACAAAUUUGCUACUUUUUGGAUGUUUCUGAAAAGUGUUUAUCACUCGUUCGUUUUGCAAAUGACCCUCAUACACUCUACAACCGGCUAAACGCGAGUAGACUUCCGCGAUUUCGAAAAACACGAAAACAUGUAAAUCAGGGUAAAACGCAAUGCUGCGCUCUUUUUGUAAUUGUGUGGUUCCAGAAAAUAGCCAUACCACCCCCACAAAAGGGAUUUGCCGUAUGACCUCCCUCCCCUCUGGAUUUUCCAAAAUCGGCCCUCAAAAUUCACCCCCCUCACCCCUCCGGAACUUCCAAAAUUUUCGCACACCCCGUGAAACUAUUGCUAUCUCUUAUUGAAGUGAACAAAUGAGUAGUUUCGUUCACUAGGAUGUCAAAUUUUGUGAGUUUCGUGUAUUUUCUUUUGAAUUCUAUAACAGAUAAGCGCAUUCCAUAUGCGAACUCCUUAUACGCUCAAGUCACGAGCAAAUUUUGUACAAAGAGAUAAACAAAAAUUAUUUUGUGCUCAAGUCACGAAGAAAUUGUUGAAAAAGUUCUUCAAAUGAAAUACAAGGUCACGUGGGAAAUAUAAGCCUUUUACGUCGCUUAAUUUAAUCCACCGUGUUGGACCAGCCGUUGGCUGCUAUUUCCGCUGGGCAAACUGCCAUUAUCGCUAGGUUUUGCGUGCGUGUCUUUUUUUUGUUACUAGUGUAGACUUCGAUCCGUCAACUUCAGCUCGGCAUGGGGCCAUAGGUUUUCUGUACACCAGUUUUUAUCUACUCAAGACUAAUCAGGUUUUCUGCGUGUGCAAACCAAAGAUAGUACUCUCUUUUCUUUAUGUUUUGGGGGUUAAGUUUUUUGGUUCUUUAAUUCCUUUUAAUCGUUUUUUUGGUUAAGUUUAGUUUAGGAGCUGUUUUUUAUUGCUCUUUUAUUGUUACCGAGUCGGCUAUUCUCGGAAUAUUGUUACAUUCUGGAGUUAUUAGGUUAGGUUUAUACUGAUCUUUAAUAUAGAGUUUAAUCAUUAUUAGCUACCGUCUUAGUAUAGUCAUCGUAUAUUUGAUUAUUUUCUUAGCCUUUCGUUUGAUAUGCGUAAAUAAGUAAUUGGCAUUUCUCAGUUGCUAUCGUUAUUGCGAAUGGUAGCUGUAAUUUUCUCGAAUACGUCAGUUUAUCCUAGAUUAUUAGUUACAUUAGUUUUUCCCUUUUUACUGUUUUAUUUCAGUUCGAACCCACGAUCACGACAUAUCACGACACUCGGCUUUACGGCACAUGGUUAACACUCUUUCAUCUUGGCAUGCAAUCAGCUUCAAUUGAACUUAUCAAACAUUGAACUUUGAUUAAACUUGCUGAUGGUAAUCAGAACUUUUCGUCGAGUUCGUUUUUUAUGCACCGCUCUUGUCUCUCUUCUACCCUUGUUAUUUACUUGGAUUUUUCUUUCUUAUCCUUAUAAGUGACAGACGGAAGGUGUACCUACAAAGAUGCUUGGUCGAGCCACCUUAAAGAAAUUUGAAAGAGUAGCUUGUGAGGCCAUACCCAGCUUGCGGCGGGAAUUUUCGGUGUGGGCCGAAGGCCGACACAUCUUUGGCCGUAACUAAUAAUGAGGCCAUAGACGUAUGUUUGUGAGUGCUAAAGGAAAGCAACAAAAAUAGGUGCGACAGCUUCAGUGUCAGGAAUAGUGUAUUGAGCAUAUCCCAUGUUACCUUUCGGGAUCGUCGCGUGGACAUUUUUACCAACAACCUUUCUUGAAAUAGCUGUAUACGAAACUACAAAAAACUCUUUUCCAACACAAAGGCCUCAUGUGGUUGUACGUUCAUAGUGGUAGUAUUUUACCGUGAAAGAAGAUUGACAGCUUUUACUUCAAGUAAUAUACUUUGUUUGCAAGUGUGUAGCUAUGUUUUCUACAGAGCAACUUAAGAUUUCCAAGUGCACUUGAAUGAAGUGCUUACUUGAAACUAACUUUUCUUCUAGGGUGAAGCCAUCAAAUAUAUAUCCAACUUCGCUUUGCACAUUUCGAUCACCCCCUCCCCCUCCCUCCCUAAUAUACCGCAACCAAUAUUUUUAAACUGCAAUUAAACAAGGUCAAACAUAAGUCCUCUGCGCCCCUGAUUCAGUUAAUAGUAAACAAGGACUAAAAAAACAAUUAAUAGAGAGGAGAAGUAUGAUGUCACAUUACCAUGGUAGAAAAAUGUUUGGAUCACAACAGUGGGGGGCUUAAAGGUCAAAUGAACCAAAAAGGGAAAUAUUUUCUUUUGUCGCUUUACCUUCACCAAACACUAAAAUGAACCAUCCUAAGUAAGAUUUAAGUAAAGAUUUUUACGUAAUAAAACUACAAGGCUUCCAAAUUCUGUGGCUGGCCGCAGCACAACGUCUUCUGAAUUUUGCCCAUUUUCUCCCACUUCCACACGUCCCUGGCUACCCAGCCUCCGGAAAAUCAAAGCCAGAUAGUUUGCGAAGGUCGAUGUCAAAAAUGGUUGAGAUUGCUUGCCUCUAAUGACCUAAAGUGACGCCGCGAAUUUUCACAUACGCCCUAAAUUCGCCAUUGUCAUAGGAAGUGCACCAAAGUGGUCGAUGGUAACGGCCGUAUAAAAUUCAAAUGAACGUCAAUUAACCCUUGUCACCUCCCCACAGCCCACGUCGUACCCGCCAAAAACGACGUUUGGAAGCGGCUGAUGCAGGUCAUAAUAUCAUGAUUAUUUUUUUUGCUGUAAGUCGCCUUUCGCUUGGCAUCAAAAAUUUGAGUAUAACCUGAGAUUAGAGCAGAAUGACCAUGAAAUACUCUUUUUGUUUACUCGUCACGCCGUUGUGCUGCGGCUGGCCGCCGACUUUGCAAGCCUUGUCGUUUUAUUAUGUAUUAGUCGGGGGUGUUAGUUUCAAGUGAUUGAAAACUCCACAAAAUCGCAGAACACGACACUAAAAACAUACGGUUAGUUAUCUUUAUUCAUUUUUCUUACAUUAUAUUAACAUUUGGGAUCAAAAGGUGGAAAAUUCUGUGUUUUAUGAAGCAUUUCUACCGAUCUCUUAAAUCAAGCCGAGUGCGGGCGUACGAAAUACAGUAAAUGUUUGGGAUCACAUGAGUGCGCGUGACAUCACGAUCCGUCGAACAGUUCGGAUGGUCGGCCUGUGUUUGACUGUGUUUGUUUGUGUCGUUCUGUGCUGUUCUUUGAGAGUUAUGACUGAGACUGAAUGAAAUACACGAGGUGCGAACGUUUGCUCCUUUUAAAGCCUUUAUUUGUUUUUGUUGUUGUCGUUGUUGUUUUUUCGUCGCUUGAAAAUUACUUUGGAUUCAGAACAACCAAUGUUAGAGUAAAAACGGAUCAUUCCGUCAGUCUGAGGUGGAAUAAAACGUUUUGCGGAACAUUUCCAAAGAGGCGAGUAUUUUUCUGCUAAUUGUGCAUUCGAUUUGUGAGUUGAUUUUGUGUCCAGAGCUUCGCCUUCUUUCGCCGGGCUGAAGUGAAACCCGCUUGUAUUCUGUUAUUAGUAGUUACGGUUACUUUUUUUACAUGCCCAGAUUUAUUUACCUCUGCAGAACCAGCGUUAUCCUUGUCUUCAGUCAAAGAACCGUAAUACUAUAAACGCAUGCGAGUGAACAAACUUGUGCGCUUAAAACUUUCUCGGAAAUGGAAGACCAGCAAGCUUGCGCGAGAA